AACCAUGUAUACUUGACCACCCUUUCCAUUUUUGCCUACUUUUUUUUUAGUUUUAUUUAUGUAACUUGUAACACCUGGCUUGUUUUUUCUCUUUACACCUGGAAGAGGCUUUUGAUCCCAUCCGUGACCAUUUUAAAGCAAGAUUUCGGUUUUAAUGAUUUCCACAAGAUAUCCAUAAUUUAUAACCUGCUUUUAUUUAUUCCCCUCAAUUGAGUAGAUGCCGUGCUCUCUUUUAUCACUAUUUUGACGAACACCUUGUCAAAUAAUUAAUCCUCUCAGAUAUACUCACUCCAGUUAUAGAAGCUCCCUAACAUGGAAGAAGAAGAACAACAACAAAGUUUCGUGACCAUGGAUUCGAUACUUUCUAGAAAGUUAAACUUCAAUGCGCCUCUUUUGUCAACGAAGCGUCUUUGUGAUUCAAGUUUUGCAGGUUCAUCAUGCUUGUCAAAUUCACUAGAUACAUUACAAAAUACAAGAGUUCCAUUUUCAUGGGAACAAGCCCCAGGCAAGCCAAAAGACUUGAAGAGGGGUGAUGGUAUCGAUGAUGGAGACACCCCUCGCCUAAGACUUCCUCCUUGCCUCUGGUGUCCACUAAAAGUAGCAGCUGAACCUGAUGUAGAUAGUGCUGAUCUUGCAUUUGAUCAAGACAAUGGUUGUGAUGGAGACGAUGACUAUGACAACAACAAAAAGACUGAUGUUUUCUCAGAUGCGUUGGAUGAUUUAUCUCUAUCAGAAGCAUUUGACAUUAUCCAACAAUCAGAGACAGCAGCUCAUAGUGACAGCAACGACGGCUUGAGAUUAAAGCUUGAAGAAUCUCGUGGUGAUCAAUCUCCAACGUACUUGAUCAAUCGCUUUCUUCCUGAUGCCAAUGCAUUAGCUGCAUCAUCUGUUUUACAUUUUACCAAUGAUUCCAACAAGAAAGCUUGUGAUACUUGGCAUCAUGGUCUCACAGGUUCAGGUAGAAAUUCAUGUGCUUCUGCUUCUCCAAAGGGUUGUGGCUUGGGAUUUCUAUUUUCUUGGGGUAUGAAGAAUAAGUUUUGUGCUAUGAAAAGCCCUGUUCUGCCAUGCUCUACAAAUGCACAUCAGCACAGUUCUAAUUCUAAACAUAAGAAACAUUGUUCAUCAAUCCAUAAAAACCAUGUACUGAUGUGAAAGAUGAUAUUUGACAAAUACAAUAAUUUGGUAUUUUGUUUGAUUA